AUGAAGUCUCUGGUGUUGUUGGGUUUGACCACCCUACUGGUCUUGAGUUCAGCGGCCGAACAGAAGCAGCAGGCGGCGGCCGAAGAAGCGAAACCAGCGGAGCAGGGUGAAAAGCGCCAUGACAAGCGUGGUCUAUUCGAGCACGACUUUGGCGGACAUGACUUCAGUGGACAUCAUUUCGAAUCGUACGGUCAUGGACACCACCAUGUAGAUUUCCACCCACAUCACGAGAAAACGCUGACCGUCGUCAAGAAGGUCCCGGUCCCAUACCCAGUGGAAAAGCACAUCCCAGUGCCAGUGGAGAAACACAUCCCCGUCCCGGUGAAGGUUGGAGUGCCGAAGCCUUACCCAGUGUACAAGACCGUCCACUACCCAGUCAAGGAGAUCGUCAAGGUGCCCGUGCACGUUCCGGCUCCGUACCCGGUGGAGAAGAAGGUCCCAUACCCAGUCCAUGUACCGUACGAUCGUCCCGUCCCGGUGAAGGUGUACGUGCCCGCUCCUUACCCAGUGGAGAAGAAGGUCCCAGUCCCGGUGAAGGUCCAUGUCCCGGCUCCUUACCCAGUGGAGAAGAAGAUCCAUGUCCCGGUCAAGGUUCCGGUCCAUGUUGAGAAGCCGUACCCGGUUGAGAAGAUCGUCCACUACCCGGUCCAUGUUCCAGUCGAUCGCCCAGUGCCGGUCCAUGUCGAGAAGCCAGUGCCAGUCCCGGUGGAGAAGCCAGUGCCGUAUGAGGUCAUCAAGAAGGUCCCAUACCCAGUGCAUGUCCCGUACGAUCGUCCCGUUCCGGUGCAUGUCGAGAAGCCAGUGCCAGUCCCGGUGAAGGUCCCAGUCCCACAGCCCUACCCAGUGUACAAGCACAUCCCGUACCCAGUGGAGAAGCACGUCCCAUACCCCGUGAAGGUCCCGGUCGAGCGUCCGGUGCCCUACACCGUGGAGAAGCACGUCCCUUAUGAGGUCGAGAAGCCAGUGCCGUACCCGGUCAAGGUCCCGGUCCAUGUCCCAGUGCACCAUCAUCACGAGGAGUACCACCACGAUCAUGUUGAGCUUGACCUGCACCAUCACCAUCACUAG